UCUACUCUUCUCCACCCCUUAUCCUCAUCCUCCUCUAAAACCUCUCUCUCUUUCUCUCCCUCUCUCUCUGGAAAUGGCUUCUGUAACCACACCAGUCUUCAAGUCCUUGUCAAUGGCAGAGUCAUCAUGCUUACUCACUAUGCCGCCACUCUUCACUGGCAACACGAAAAACCCAUAUCCAAUUCUCUCUAUCCCAUCCAUACCCAUCAAACUCCACCUCUCGUGCUCUCACUCUUCACUGUUUUCCCCACCUCUGUCCUUUAGAAACAAAACCCACUCUUCCUCCAUAGCCAGCUUUGCAGCCCAGACCUCAGACUGGGCCCAACAAGAAGAAGACAACAACACCAUCACCAUUGACCAGCAAGAACAUGAAGCUGGGACCGAGGCACGUGUUUCGGAUUGGAAAGCCGAGGGCGAGGAUUCUUUUAUCGAAGGUGUUGAAGCAGAGGCAGAGAGUGGUGAAGAUGGGGACUUUAAGGAGGGAGAAGAAGAGGAAGAGCAGUUUGUGGAACCGCCAGAAGAGGCUAAGCUUUUUGUUGGGAAUUUGCCUUAUGAUAUCGAUAGUCAGAAAUUGGCUUUGCUUUUCGAGCAGGCCGGGACGGUGGAGAUCGCUGAGGUUAUUUACAAUAGGGAUACUGAUCAGAGUCGUGGCUUCGGGUUCGUGACGAUGAGUACUGUUGAGGAAGCUGAGAAGGCGGUAGAUAUCCUCAACCGCUAUGAAUUAGAUGGAAGGUUGUUGACUGUUAACAAGGCUGCUCCAAGAGGAACUCAACCAGAACGCUCCCCUCGCACAUUUGAACCUGCCUUCAGAAUUUAUGCUGGUAACCUGCCAUGGGAUGUGGAUAAUGAGCGCCUGGAGCAGGUUUUCAGCGAACAUGGUAAGGUGGUGGAAGCUCGGGUGGUCUAUGACAGAGAGACUGGUCGUUCUCGUGGUUUCGGCUUCGUAAAAAUGUCGAGUGAGACUGAAAUGAAUGAUGCCAUUGCUGCUCUUGAUGGACAGAGUUUGGAUGGGAGGGCGCUAAGAGUGAAUGUUGCUGAAGAAAGACCAAGGCGUACAUUCUGACUUGAGAGAAUGUGAAUCUCAACGCCUACUGGUGCUGGUGUCUUAUUCUAUAGUGAGGUUUUUCCUGUCAGCUAGUUUUAAUUGAGAAUGUAAUGUUUUUUUUUUCGGUUGCAGUUGGAAAUAAUACAAAAUUUACAAUUGAGUCCAAAUUUUUUUGGCUAAUUAUAGUUGUUAUUACUGCUCUA